UUUUUUUGAAUAAUUUUUGUAGAAUUUUACAAAUUUCAUGAGAUUCAUUUUCAAUCUAACCAAGCCACGAUCCGCAUCCAUAUCAUCCAUAUUUGUUUGUUUGUUUGAAAGAGAAAGUUUUUUCUUUAUUGAUGAAAAUAUGGUAAUGGCGGUAACAAUAUUGUCAUCCGUACCAUCAUCGACUCGACCAUCAUCAUCAUCAUCAUCAUCGAUGCAAUCGAUACCGAUCAAUACUAAUCAACAAUCGAUUGGUCAAUGGCAAUUUUCGGCCAUUACUAUUUUAUUAUUUAGUAUUCUAUUACUAUUUGGUUGUGGUUUUAGCCCGUCAUUACAGAUUUCAUUUGCACCAAAAUUGAUUACACGUUUUUGUUAUAAUUCACCAAAUUUAUCAACAAUCAAUAGUCAAUGUGUCCUAUGUAAUUAUUAUAUGUUUGAUGCAACGGUUCUUGGAUGUACUGGAUCGACAGCAUUGACAAUGAAUAUAACGGCAACACAGGCAUUUUGCGUUAUUUCACAAUGUUUAGGUCAAGUAAGACAACAGCCAGUAUUUUUGGGACGUCGUAAGCGAGAUUCAUCGAAUGAUUCACCGUCGAUGAUGAUUGAUUCGAAUGUUUUAAAAAAUUCCACUAUUUCAACAUCACCUGCCGAUGAAUAUCGUAUUGAAAAAGAAAUUGAAGCCGAUAUUGUUCCCGAUGAUGAUCUGGAUGAUGAUAACGAUAGCAUCGAUAAUGAUGAUGGCUAUGAAAUUCAAUAACCACUAAAAUGAGGAGCAAAUAUUAUCAUUAAUCAUCCACUAACCAACUAACUAACCUGACAUUUCCAUUAUAUUUUUCACCCAAAAAAAAUUCAUUCCCAACCCUGUUUUAUUUUCAA